UUCGUCAGGUCCGCGUCGAUCAUUACUUGACGGAGCGCAGAGCCCGUCAAAGACGUGACGAAAGAGAAAAUGAAGAUUUACCCGUUUCUAUCAGUUUUUCAUCGCCCCGUUCGACAUUGCGAAUAUUGAGGCAUAUCAUCCCUAUAUUUCUAUUCCAUCAAGGGAGUCAAGUCCAUGUCCGUAAAGUCCGUCAACGAGUCUCCUAGUACCGAAGGAUUUCGUCGCAGCGACCGGUUGCUCGACUCGGGAUAGCUCGCUAUCAGAUCCAGGCCUUUAUCAACAAUUAAAUAAACCCGGCCGACUGCAGACUCGCCUUAAGCCUUGAACGACUUGCAUCCACGUCAUCGACAUCCCCGGAAUAUACGCGCGUAGAGACCAGUGUAUGUUGCGUGUAGGUGUGCGUGCGGUGAAACAAUACACACCUGUGGCACAUCCGCCUGCAUCCGCCGUCGUAUUUACGUGGUCUCUGUCAUAUGUAUUAUUGCGAUUAGAAAUUUAGCAAUGAUAUCGUUCAUCUCGGCGGCCGUUUCAAAUGCCGAUUGGAUGCUGGAAUCAAAACCGGUGUAACUACGGAUUAAGGCAAAAUUGCCGUCGUCGAUGGUAUUAUGACCAAACCGACCAAACAGAUAUCCAUAUCUUUUCAUUCCACUAUCGAUAUGGAUGAACAUGAAAAGAUCUUGAUGACAGGAACAUUGGAACAGAGGAAGGAGGCCUUUAAAGAGGAUGAGGAGCUCAUGAGAGAAACCACGAAAUUUAUCAGUGAAGUAAUAGAGACGGCCGCUACAGAGGCUUCGAAAAGAAAGAUUCAAUCGGAGGGAGCUGAAGGUGAAGGUAGUAGAUUGAAGGGUGGCGAUACCAUCACUGGCUGGAACAAUCGAGCGCGUGGAUUCUGCAAUCGUAUUCUGAAUGCGCUUUGCCCGUGCUUCACUAACCAUGAACUGUUCGCCUGGACUCCGUACCGGUAUCGCUUCACAAGACCUUAACCGUUCGAUGACUCCCCGGAUUUUUCGUUCCGUCGUGCGAGCUUGUUACAAGUAAACAAAUAAACAAAAUAAUAUCAAGUUUUUUCUAUUGUCAAUUCGUAUUUUGAAUCGUGUCUCUCGUACAAUUAAAGACAUUGCGUAUCUAUCUGAAAAUCGGUGCAGCUUUCUAAAUCUCUCUUUCUAAAUCUGACUGAAGUAGAAUACGUCGUUAGGAAAGAUAUUAAUUGCUAUUAAUUGCGUGUAAACAAUAGGAGAUUACUGCAAUAUGAUAUAUAAAUCGUCAAUGUCAAAAUAAGUCCUGAUUAUUAAUUUUCCUAAUGUCUUGUGAAGAAAGACGAGAGUGUUUAAUCUGCUGUGACUGCUGUGCAGCCGAGCGUGAAAGAAGCUAUAUUAGUGUUCAAUGGCAGAGAUAACUGUAAGUAUAAUUGGAAGUGGCUCAUGUACUUUAUUUUAAGGCAGACGCUUUAUAGAGUAAUUUGAUUA